AUGUCUGAAACUUUACCUAGAUCAGAUGAUUUAGAGGCCACUUGGAACUUUAUAGAACCAGGAAUUAACCAAAUCUUAGGUAAUGAGAAAAACCAAGCAUCGACAUCUAAGGGAGUAUAUAAAAUUCUCUCCCCAACCAUGUAUAUGGAAGUCUAUACAGCAAUUUAUAACUACUGUGUGAACAAGUCACGCUCGUCUGGACAUUUUAGUACUGAUAGUAGAACUGGCCAAUCAACAAUAUUGGUUGGCAGUGAGAUUUAUGAAAAAUUAAAGAACUACUUGAAAAAUUACAUUAUGAAUUUUAAGAGAUCUGAUUCAGAGACUUUUUUACAGUUUUACGUUAAACGUUGGAAAAGAUUUACGAUUGGUGCUAUUUUUUUGAACCAUGCGUUCGAUUAUAUGAAUAGAUAUUGGGUUCAGAAGGAAAGAAGUGAUGGCAAAAGGCAUAUUUUCGAUGUCAAUACCUUAUGCUUGAUGACAUGGAAAGAAGUAAUGUUCGAUCCAAAUAAUGAUGUUUUGAUUAAUGAAUUAUUAGAACAAAUUACCUUGGAAAGGGAGGGACAAAUUAUUCAAAGAAGCAACAUUAGUGCUGCCAUAAAGUCUUUAGUAGCCCUAGGUAUCGACCCACAGGAUUUGAAAAAGUUAAACCUUAACGUUUAUAUACAAGUUUUUGAAAAGCCAUUUCUAAAGAAGACACAAGAGUACUACACGCAAUAUACAAACGACUAUUUGGAGAAACAUUCAGUAACCGAGUAUAUUUUUGAGGCACAUGAAAUUAUCAAACGUGAAGAGAAGGCAAUGACUAUAUAUUGGGAUGACCAUACUAAAAAACCACUUUCUAUGGCAUUAAACAAAGUUUUAAUCACAGAUCACAUCGAAAAGCUAGAAGACGAGUUUACCGUCCUUCUUGAUGCAAGGGAUGUCGAAAAAAUCACUUCAUUAUAUGCGCUAAUACGCAGAGACUUUACAUUAAUUCCGAGAAUGGCCUCAGUUUUUGAAAAUUACGUUAAAAAAACAGGUGAAGAUGAAAUUUCGGCUCUAUUGGCAAUGCAUAAGCACAACAUUAUGAAAAACGAAAAUGCAAAUCCUAAAAAACUAGCCCUCAUGACCGCACACUCCCUUUCACCCAAGGACUAUAUCAAGAAAUUACUGGAAGUGCAUGACAUAUUCUCCAAUAUCUUUAAUGAGAGCUUCCCCGAUGAUAUUCCUUUAGCUAAGGCUUUAGACAAUGCUUGCGGUGCUUUUAUCAACAUAAAUGAGUUCGCAUUGCCUGCAGGAUCUCCAAAGAGUGCUACUUCAAAAACUUCAGAAAUGCUUGCUAAAUACAGUGACAUAUUAUUAAAAAAGGCCACCAAACCUGAAGUGACGAGCGAUAUGUCAGAUGAGGACAUUAUAACAAUUUUCAAGUACUUGACUGAUAAGGAUGCGUUCGAAACUCAUUAUAGAAGACUUUUUGCUAAGAGACUAAUUCACGGUACCUCCACAUCAGCUGAGGACGAAGAGAACAUCAUUCAAAGGCUACAAGCUGCAAAUAGUAUGGAAUACACUGGUAAGAUAACCAAAAUGUUUCAGGAUAUCAGACUUUCUAAGAUUCUGGAGGAAGAUUUUGCUGUUACUUUGAAGAAUGAACCAGACUAUUCCAAAUCGAGAUAUCCAGAUUUACAACCGUUCGUGUUGGCAGAAAAUAUGUGGCCGUUUUCGUACCAAGAAGUUGAAUUUAAGCUUCCCAAGGAAUUAGUACCAUCUCAUGAAAAAUUGAAGGAAUCAUACAGCCAAAAACAUAACGGCAGAAUAUUGAAGUGGUUAUGGCCAUUAUGUCGUGGUGAACUAAAAGCAGAUAUUGGGAAACCUGGUAGGGUGCCAUUUAAUUUUACUGUGACUUUAUUUCAAAUGGCAAUUUUACUAUUAUAUAAUGAUGCCGAUAUAUUGUCACUAGAAAAUAUUCAGGAGGGCACAAACUUAAGCAUCCAGCAUAUUGCAGCGGCAAUGAUACCAUUCAUCAAGUUUAAAUUGAUUCAGCAGGUCCCCCCAGGACUAGACGCUCUAGUGAAGUCAGAAACUCAUUUCAAGAUAUCACGUCCAUAUAAAGCGCUUAAAACGAAUAUAAAUUUUGCGAGUGGUGUUAAAAAUGAUAUUUUGCAAUCUCUAUCAGGUGGAGGGCAUGAUAAUCACAGUAGUAAGUUAGGGAAUAAACGCUUGACGGAGGACGAAAGAAUAGAGAAGGAAUUAAACACAGAAAGACAAAUAUUUUUGGAGGCGUGCAUUGUGAGAAUUAUGAAAGCCAAGAGAAAUUUGCCACAUACAACAUUAGUGAACGAAUGUAUUGCGCAAUCGCACCAAAGAUUCAACGCAAAGGUUUCUAUGGUCAAGAGAGCUAUCGACAGCUUAAUCCAAAAAGGAUAUCUACAGAGAGGAGACGAUGGAGAAUCCUAUGCUUACCUUGCUUAA